CAACAAAUGGUGCCUCGUGAGCUCAGACCUAGCAAUGGAGGGUUACACUAAUGGGAACAAAAAAAUAGUUAUAGCAGAAACGUGUCUCAUACAUUUCAUAUAUUCAAGUGAGAUAAAAAUAAUUUAGUUAAAUAACUUUAGGUAACUGAGAGAUAGGGGUGUGUGAUAUUGACAAAAAUUAUCUCAAUAUUUUCUGGGAUUUUAUCGAUAAUGAUAAUUUGACAAUAUUUUGCUGAGUGUGUUAUUGUGCUGGUGGUAUCUUAAGGACUACCGUGGACAGCCGGCUCCUAAAGUUUUUGAUAUGAAUGAUUUUGUUGGCGAAAUAGAGCAAAACAGGCAAUAAUGUGUCUAAAACACAAGUCCCUUUAAUAUUAACUUAUUUAUUGAACUGUUAAAGACUGAAUAAGAAAAAAAAAAAAAAAGACGCACUGUAAAUGCGCAUGUUCACUAACGUUAGUCUAAUCUUCAUCAUGUAACAUUAAUGUAAUUGUGCACUCCGUAAGUUAGGCGUGUUUUGUUUGGGUUUUGCGAUAUACAGGAUAAUGUCAAAUCCCACAUCAUUAAAACAACAAUUACAAUAUCAUCACAGACGAUAUACACUGAACAGAAUUAUAAACGCAACACUUUUGUUUUUGCCCCCAUUUUUCAUGAGCUCAAAGAUCUAAGACUUUUUCUAUGUACACAAAAGGCCUAUUUCUCUCAAAUAUUGUUCACAAAUCUGUCUAAAUCUGUGUUAGUGAGCACUUCUCCUUUGCCGAGAUACUCCAUCCACCUCACAGGUGUGGCAUAUCAAGAUGCUGAUUAGACAGCAUGAUUAUUGCACAGGUGUGCCUUAGGCUGGCCACAAUAAAAGGCCACUCUAAAAUGUGCAGUUUUAUCACACAGCACAAUGCCACAGAUGUUGCAAGUUUUGAGGGAGGGAGCAUGCAAUUGGCAUGCUGACUGCAGGAAUGUCCACCAGAGCUGUUGCCCGUGAAUUGAAUGUUAAUUUCUCUACCAUAAACCAUCUCCAAAGGCGUUUCAGAGAAUUUGGCAGUACAUCCAACCGCACAACUGCAGACCACGUGUAACCACACCAGCCCAGGACCUCCACAUCCAGCAUCUUCACCUCCACGAUCGUCUGAGGCCAGCCGCCCGGACAGCUGCUGCAACAAUCGAUGUUCCUCUGGUCUUCGGUAUUCUCCAAGGAACCCCAGGUUCCUGGUCAGCGCUCGCCGGAGGAACUGGUGACAGACAUGCUGAUGCUGGAGCUGGGCUCUUUGCUGAAGCGCACUGAGCGCCUCCGCCAGGAGAGGGCGACGGAGAACCGCAGACGCAGCUCCUCCGUGGACUACAGCUGGCUGGCUGCACCUCCACACAAGACCUCCUAUGAGAUUCCAGCUGGGGAGAUGCUGGAGCUUCAGGAUCUGUGUGCCAAGGUCUCUCGCUCCCAAUGCGGUCCCCUCAUCCUCAGGCUGAGGAAAGUUGUGACAGAGGUAGAGCCAGAGGUGACUGAGGUGUCUCGCCUGUUUCGUUCCGUUCUGUGUAACUUCCUGGACGAGGUGGAGGAUGGGGAAGCCAGGGAGAGAACACUGAAGGCUCGGGCCAAACGCAGUAAGAGCAUGUCGGUCAUCAACCUGCGCUCACGGCUCCGCAUCAACUCACUGUGGAGCAGAGUCACAGUCAGCCAUGACGCUGAGGACCAGGCCGAGGAGGACGACGAGGAUGAAGACAGCAUCCACAGAAACAGGAGGAUCAAGAGCAUGCCUGAUAUCAGUGUAGUGGAAGAAAGAGCACUGACCUGAACAAGCUAUGUUUGGAGUAGGAAACUCUUUAUGAUAUGGGCAACCGGCACAGGUCAUUUUAAAGCAUUGCUUGCUCAUCAAAUAUAACGGAAGAAAGCUCAAUUGUCAUUACAUCUCUUAAAAAUAAAGGUUACAAAUGGGGAUUUUUGCAGUGGUGCCAUGGAAGAACCAUUGGGGACCUUUCAGUGAAGUUUUUUCUUAAUGUGAAGAAUAUUUUAAUAAUCUAAGGAACAUUUUUCCACUAUGAAGAACCUUAUGUGCAAUGCACUCUCAGGUACAAAGCUGGUAUACAAAGGUUCAAAAGCUAAAAGGUACAUCUUUGUACCUUAUUUACCCUUAAAUGGUACAUAUUAGUACCUUUUGAAAGGGUACUGCCUCAGUGAGUUUGUACCUUUUUUCUGAGAGUGUGGAAAGGUUCUAUUGAAAUUAAAGGUUCUUCACAGAACCACAGAUGCUAAUAAAGAACCUUUAUUUUUAAGAGUGCAUGGCUCUUUUUCUUAUUCAUGCAGCAUGGAUCUUUUGUACACUUCCAUCAAAUGUGGCAUAUAUAUCAAAUGUAAGAAUUAAACAGUUUUAAAAUGCCACUUUUGUCCUUUAUUUAAAAAUAGCUUUGAUUAAUUUUAUUAACAAAAUUCAUGAGAUUAUUAAUUUUAUUAAUAAUCUCAUGAAUUUUAAGUAAUCAGUUACUUACAUAUGCUACUGUAAAAAGACGUAUCAACAGACAUUACAACAAAGCAUUCAUUUCUAUUACCUUUUUUUUCAGUUCUUCUGUUUUACAGAAUGCAUUUCACAAAUGGUGGGUGGGAUGUUCCCCUAAUCUCAAUGUCCAGUUAAACACAAAUGGGUGUGUUCUCUAGAAAACACCAUUUGGAGUAUCCUCAUGGACCCCCUGAAACCAUAUACUGAGACAUUUCAAACAAGCUUGUAAAGGAUGAUUAAAA